UAGUAAAAUAUUCUGUGGGCUAGUAAAAUCUCUAGUAAACUAGCCCAGUGGGCUAGUUACCAAAAAAAGUUAGGGCAAGCCCUGGUUGGGUGCUGACACUUUUGGGGUCAGUGGUCCUGUGGCACCCUGCCGCUUGGCUUGUUGGCCACUUUUUAAGAAUUUUUACUAUGGAAAUUAAUUUAGGGACCGAUCGUGUGCGACGGUCCCUUUGGCUUUUGUCGUAAUAAAUCGCGACCGAAUCACACUAUAUCAGAUCAUGUUUUACUUUAUUGUGUACAGUGUAUUGAGGGUGUGGCCAAGAGUGGGCUGGUCGGUCCAUAUAGUUAAUUCUUACUAGCAGUGGGGUCUGAGCGGAGAUUUCCGCCUUAACUCUGCCAUAAAAGUAUAUCCCCACGAACUCGCGGGGAUUUUGUUCAGAGACCAGUGGCGGAUCUAGGAUUUAGCAAUGUGGGGGGGGGGAGAUAAUGUAGGUGAGAAGGACCGCGCAAAGGGGGAUUGUUUUUGGGAAGGGCGUCCCCUCCCAUUUGAGAUUUAAUUGUUUAGGAAUUAGUAAACUUAGAUGGCAUCUGAAACAAAGUAAGAAACUUAAAAUAGAAAUUGUAUGUUUUACCAGAGUACACAAGAAGCACACACAAGACGAGUGACCUUAUUUUUUUACUGUAAACGAAGGGGGUGUGGGUGGCUAUAGCCGCCCUAUUUACCCUCCCCCUAGAUCCGCCACUGCGAGACCCUGACCGAGGCUCUAGUAUAGUCGGCCCCUUAGUUCGGAUUGUCACCCCAUGUGUCGGACUUGUCGGAACCUUUCAGUAAAGUUUUGGUAUAUGGUGUUUAGUAUACAGUACAACCCCUAUUAACUGGACACCUCUGGACCAAAAAAAAUUGUACCCUUAAUAGGGGUGUCCCCUGGAUAGGUUUACCCCUAUUUAGGGAACACUAACUAAAAACGUGAAGUUGUCCCCUUAGUAGGAGUUUUUGGCAUGUUUUCUACAAUGAUGACAGAUUCUUUAUAUAAUUUUAUUUUAAUUGACCUAAGAAUGUGUUUCAGUUGAAUUACAACUUUUGUAAAAUUUGCAAUGCCAAAAAUUAAUUCUUUUAUGGUAUAAAAUUAACAUAUUUAAUUAAAACUACAAAAGUGCUAUAUGUUCCUGAUAUUGUUUCUUGGUCCGUGGGCAAUAUUAAUGACCAAAUGAGUAUUCUUUAUUAAAAUAAUGGAGCUUCCUAUUGGUUGCACUGUGAUAGAAUACUAUGAACACAGUAUUACUUAAUCAGAAUGCUGACUGUAGGGUAUAGAUUAGAUUCCUAUAUGGAAACACACAAGACAAGAAUUCCUCCAUGGUUAAUGGUCAAAAUUGACAAGAUUGUAUUUAUACGAAUUAACACAAGCCCUGGGCAUAUACGGUACUAAUGCCAAUCCUAAAGAUGAAGAGGGAAAAAAUCUGGUUUGAUGUUAUUGUUAAGUUUAUUGCUCUAAAGACGUAUAUAAAUUUGAAUGAUUUUUCAAAUUAUUACUUUGCGAGGCUACUGCAGUUGUUUUGAUACAAUAUACAAAAGUAUCCUUAAUAGGGGUUAAAUUGUGUUGAUUUGACCAUUUUGCACACUCAGAAAGUGUCCCCCGUUCCCUCAAUAGGUGUGUCCCCUUAAGGGUUUGCUCGUAGUGUUAAAAGAUCCCGUAGUGAGAAAAGUGUUCCCUAAAUAGGGGUGUCCCCUAAAUAGGGGUGACCCCUGAAAAGGGGUAUCCCAAAGGAGGGGUACUACUGUAUUAAGGCCACUUCAGACAGCGUCGGCCGACGCAGCCCGACCCGAUUUAUCGUCGGGGACAGUCUUAAGCCGUCGUGAGAAAUAUUAAACAUGUUUAAUAUUCUACGGCGCGACUGCCCCCGACGCACACCAUCGCGUCUGCAUUUAACUCACGCAGACCCGACGCGACAACCAAUCACGUCGGGCUGCGUCGUACGACGCUGUCUGAGUUGGCCUUUAGUAAUAGGGAGCUAGACGCCAGAACGGAAUCAUUCAUGCGUGACCGUUGCGUCUAAAGAAGAACUUAACGUUUUCGCAUGCGUCCUACCGUUGUCGUGCAAUCGAAAGCUCCAUAUUUUUAUUCAUAAUACCUAUUUUAUAUUUCUAUUGUCUUAUAUACCAAUAAAAUGAACUGGAGCUUGAUUAUGUAAAAAUAUAUAUAAUUUUACCAGUUGCAUAGUAUAGUCUAGGCCUACAUAGACCCACUUACUUACUUUAGCCACGAGAAUCAAUGCCGUAGCCAGCUAUUGGGACAGUUGGGACAGUCCCACACACUUUUUCUUGGGUCCACAAAGAAGGGGUCUACAUUUCUCAUAUUUUGUGUAAAAUCGAUCAAAUUUUAGAAAAUUUGUCAUGCUCUGAUAUUUUACGUAAAAUGGGUCAAUUUUUAAGAAAAUGGUUCCAGAUUAUUCAUGUGUUUGCGUGAAAUAGGUCAACCUUUAAGAAAAUGGGUCCACAUUUAUUUAAAUUUAUGCGUAAAGUGGGUCUCUUUAAUAUUUACAAGAACAGAAACUGCAAGGAACAAGCACAAAAGAACAUUAGAAAGGAAUGCCCCAAAUGUGAACUUAAUCACUGUCGUGUGGGGGCCCUUUGACAAAUAACAAAUACAAUAUAAAAUUUUACUUAUAGAUAAAACCGUCUAUGUUAAAUACUUUUUAAAAAUCAGUAAUAAAGCAAGCUCUUUUUGAAACAAGCAACAUUGUUUUAUCAAAAAAAAAAAAAAAAAACAUUUAAAUUAACAUAUUAACAUGAAUAAAACUAACUACAUUCCAAGAUUUUGCCUUUACAUAUUCAUUAAUCGUUUACAUAGAAUGAUGUUUCUGCUUCGGUCCGUAAACAAUUUCGGCAGCAACUCAAUGGCAACCGCAUCCAUACCAUUAAUAAGAAGGUUUGUACACUUGAAAAAUGGAUCCGACUGGACUCUUACCAAUCCAGAGACACGAGAUAAACAAGAAAAAGUGAAAACAUUUGAAGAAAUGCCAACCAGAAAUUCAAAUUUGCUGCAAACUUUUUUUGAUCUAAUUUACAUAAAGCGAAAAGGAUUUUUUUCAAGGACAGACCUACUUGUCCAAGAAAAUGUUGAGAAAUACGGUCCAAUUAUGCGGAACUUGCUAGGAAAUGAAUUUAUAGUAGAGAUCGUGGAUCCUAAGCUAGUAGAAAAAGUGUUCCGUGCAGAAGGAAAGUAUCCAGAACGUUUUGAAAUGAAACCCUGGAAAGACUACAGACUGACGAGAAACAUUCCUUUAGGGUUAUUUCUUCAGGGCACCCCGGGCCGGAUUGGUCCCCUUGAAACUGCCUCUGAUGGAAAGGCGUGGCACCGAAGCCGUCAAGCAAUUAACAAGCGCAUCAUGAAGCCUGUGGAAAUUACACAGUACAUUCCAGCCAUGAAAAGUGUAACAGAUGACACGAUUGCACGUUUGAGGAGAAUUCAAAUAAAGGAGGGAGACAAAAAAGACCUUAUUCCAGACCUUGAAGGGGAGCUUUUCAAGUGGUCCAUGGAAGGAGUUACAAAAGUUCUCUUGGAUCAUCGCCUUGGUCUACUGUCUGACAAGAUUGAUAAACAAUCACAGAGUUUCAUUGAUGCCAUUCAAGAAGUCUUUAGAACAACAUUUGAGCUGUUGUUAUUUACUAAUCUCCACAAACGCUUCAAUACAAAAUUGUGGCAGCGACAUGUUGCAGGUUGGGAUACUAUUAUUAUAGUCACAAAGAAUUUGAUUGAACAUCGAGUUGAAAAGUUGAUGUCAGCAAAAGAAAAGGGCUUAGAGGUCAAAGAAGAUACUUUCUUAUGGGCUUUAAUUUCUAACAGUGAUCUCACUCAGGAUGAAAUAUUUGGCAACUUGUCUGAACUGAUAGGAGCUGCAAUUGAUACGACUUCAUACACCCUCAUAUGGACGCUAUACUUGCUAGCACACAAUCCUGAAGCUCAAGAAAAACUGCGUACAGAGAUCUGCGAUAGCAUACCGGUCGGUAAACAGCUCACUCAAGAUGAUUUGGCCAAGUUGGUGUAUAUGAGGAUGGUAAUAAAAGAGUCCUUGAGGAUGAAACCAGUUGUAAGUGGAUUAACAAGAAAGCUCGACAGAGAUAUUGUAUUGGGCGGGUAUCAUAUCCCAGCAAAGACCACAAUUGGUGUGCAGUUUUAUCCUAUGUUGAAAGAUCCGCACUACUUUGAGGACCCGUCACAGUUUCGACCCGAGCGCUGGGAUCGGACGAAGAAAAACGACAGUAAAGGUGUCAAUGCAUUUGCAUCAAUUCCAUUUGGUUUUGGCACAAGAAUGUGCGUCGGUCGUAGAUUUGCGGAGCAGGAGAUGUAUAUAUUUCUAGCAGAGAUAAUACGCCAGUUUAAUAUAAUACCAACUAAGACGGUUGGCAUAACGACCGAUCUUCUCGUCAUUCCAGAUGAGCCGGUUGAUCUGAAAUUCAAAGACAGUAAGAUGAACUAGAAAUUAAAUAUCACACUUGUAUAUGCUAAAGUUAUGCAACAUUUUAGACAUAAAUCAGAACAUACUUUUAUUUUUCUAUGUCAAAAUAAUGAUCGCUUAAACUACAAUACAGUGAUAAUGAUAAUGAUGAUAAUGAUGACAUAAAUCAGAACAUACUUUUAUUUUUCUAUGUCAAAAUAAUGAUCGCUUAAACUACAAUGCAGUGAUAAUCAUAAUGAUGAUAAUGAUGACGACGAGGAUAAUGAUGACAGAAAUAUGAAGUUCUAUCCAUUGUAGUAAUCAAUUACUUGCUUAUUAAUUCUUAAAAUUCCACAUCCAUGGUUUAAAUAAUGUAAACAAGUAAAAGUAAAGCUUAGAUACCAUAAAUAUUUUUUUGGACUACAUUAGAAAUAAUAGGAAGUAAAAACUUCCUAACUAUAUAGAACAAACGAUUCUCAGGAAGAAACAAAAUAUACACUACCAAGGUUUCAUCUCAACAGAUUUAUGAUGAGAGUUUGACUCAGCAUAGAGUGGUGUCACAGUUGAAAAUGUAUUCCCUUUAUAUUACCGUAUUGUUAAGCAUGAAGUAAAGUUACAGACACAUGCAUCGAAGCGUACAGAUGCAGGUGAAGGUAUAAGCAAUUAUAUGUAUAUGUAACGACGUAUAUGCAGCUUACACGAAUUGCCACGUAUGCACUAAACUUAGUUAUAAUAUGUAUAUUAUGAGAAAAGGGCGGGUCGUAUAUAAGGUCUAUCGAAAUUAGCGUUAGGGUAUUUUGGUUAAGGAAAUGAAAGAACCAUAGCCUAUAGCCGGGUGGUCUUACAGAAAUUGACAGGCUGAUGAUUGCCACUAGUAAGUUAAUUCUAUUUUAUGUGAUUAAUGUAAUUUGAAUCCGCCGUAUUAAACGUUAAAUGUGUUAAUGGUGAUAUUAGAGACCUAAAUGAAUUGUUUUUAUUUAGGUGGCGGAAGGGGCAAGAGCUUAUGGAAUCAAUUAGUAGAGAUAGGGGAAUGGUAUCCGGUCUAAACAGGACCAGGAAACGAUAGAAGCCCCACCCCGGCAGCGACUUUUUUUUCCCGUACGAAACAUUUACAUGAAACUCCACUCGGGCCGUCUCGGCUGAAUCGACCCGAAAAUCUCAUUGCAGAAUUCAGGAGGUCAAAAGGUCAACAGAUAAACGUCUACAGAAC